AUGGCUUCUCGAAUCUCAAUUCCAAACCUGCUGACGUCCAAUAUGGACACGCAAACAGUCUCAGCCGAGGAGGUUGAGGUUCGUCCCGAGGCUGUAUGCAGACCGCACACCCCGCCAGCGGAAGACCUGCCGUUGCCAACAAACAUCACAUGCCAUCAGAUAGAUGUUGAGUCGCCUGAUACUACGAGCCAUGCCACAUCGGUACGCCAACUGCUAGCGUCUAUCAAACUGACUUCCACUGGGGAACCCACUUUGGAAGACAUGUACGCUAUGCAGGCGCAAUCGUCCGCAGUAACGGAUUUCAGUAUGGCCCUCCAGCAACAAAUGUUUGACGGUUUCGGCAGUUUAGGUCCCCAAGACUACUCAAGUCAUAUGCUACCUCCUCCUUAUUGUUGUAGUUCCUUCGAAUGUCCUUUAUCUUUGAAAUCCUUAGGCAAUCAGCAACUUCUUGCCAUCCCCAGCCUAGACAACUAUAAGCCGGACUUUAUCCUUCCUAAUUACAACUAUUAUUGUGGAUGGUGUCCCGGUUGUGCGAGCAGUUUGUGUGAGCCACUCGGUGACAGUGCGUUGGGUAGCUAUGUUAUGGACAGUUCGUGUGCUGAAGCCUACUUUACUGGUGCUAUCCUUGGCAGUGGUGUCUCCGGUGUCUCCGGCAAAUAUACGUCUGUCGAGCCAUUUCAACCAGGCCACUACGGCUCCGAUGCCCAGCAUGUCGGGCAAAUGGACGUUUUGCUUGGUAACGGCGAUAACUGGGAUGUAUCCGGAGACCAACGCGGACUUCUCACAGUUCCUACGCCAUUCUUUCCUGGUUAUAAAGCUUCAUCGGACUCAUAA